AUGAUGCAGAUUUCCGCUGUGUCUGGCAGAACAGUUGCUCAGGUGGAUGAGGAUGAGUUGCUUGACAUGGUUGAGAAUGGAAAGUCCUUUCUGCACCUAAAGCAGCUCCUUUCAGCCAAGCUCGGAUACUCAAGAUUUCGACAAAGGUUCUUGAGUGAUACGAUGGGCGAAGUGCAUGACAGCAUGCCGCUAAUACCAGAUUCAAGUGUGCAGCUGGUAAUCCUGGACUUUUGUGCUCCAGAUGAGACUAAGUGGGAUGAGCUAGUUCGCCACUGUCGGGAGAAUAAUGUGGAGGAAGUAGAAAGCUUGCUUCAGAAACCAUACGAUCCCAACUGGAGAGGUUGUGACGACAAUGCUACGCCCAUUCAUUUCGCGGCUGACAGAGGCCACUUGAAGAUUGUGCAAUUGUUGCUUGAGGCUGGAGUAGAUACAGAUGUCGCAACGACCGAUGGGGCAACGGCUUUGUAUUGUUCUGCCUGCAUGGGCCAUGUGGAAGUUGCGCGAUUGUUGCUUGAGGCUGGAGCUGACAAAGAUGCAGCCAUGACAGGCGAUGGGAGAACGGCUUUGUAUGUGGCAGCCCAGAACGGCCACUUGGAAAUUGUGCGGUUGUUGCUCGAGGCUGGAGUAGAUACAGAUGCCGCAACGACCGAUGGGGCAACGGCUUUGUAUUGUGCUGCCUGCAUGGGCCAUGUGGAAGUUGCGCGAUUGUUGCUUGAGGCUGGAGCUGACAAAGAUGCAGCAAUGACAGAGGAUGGAUCGACGGCUUUGUAUGUGGCAGCCCAGAACGGCCACUUGGAAGUUGUGCCCUUGUUGCUUGAGGCUGGAGCUGAGACAGAUGCAAAAGACAAACUUGGGUCGACAGCUUUGCUUAUUGCUGCCUGCAUGGGCCAUGUGGAAAUUGUGCGAUUUUUGCUUGAGGCCGGCGCUGACAAAGAUGCAGCAAGGACAGAUGGGACAACUCCUUUGUCCAUUUCAGCCAAGAACUGCCACUUGGAAGUUGUGCGAUUGUUGCUUGAGGCUGGCGCUGACAAAGAUGCAGCAACAAUAGAUGGGGCAACGGCUUUGAUCACUUCAGUCGAGAAUGGCCACUUGGAAGUUUUGUGA